UUUUCACAAGAACUCAUCAGCCACUCAGCUCUCAGAGCGGUGUGUUUCUUCCGUCUUGCGAUUCUUUGCUCACAAUUAACGUUUCUUCUUCUUCUUUCAACUCACUCUCUCUCUCUUGCAUUCUUCAGUCUUUAGUCUUUACCAUACCCCCAUUGACUCUCUCUCACUCAGUGUGUGCAGUUUCCUUCUGAUUUCGCUUAAAGCUUUUUUCUUUUUUUGCUGUAGUUUUACCCGAAGGAUUUUGUUGCUCUACACUUUCAGAUCUUUAAUCUUUUCCUCCAAUCCCGAUUGGGUUUGUUAUUCAGCACAAUAAACCAAAAAUAGAAAGAAAGAGUUGGCUUUUCGAAAUGUGGGUGCUUGGGUAAGGAGAAUGUGGUUAGAUUGAUUGAAGGUUACUUAUUUGGAUGAAGUUACUUGAUUCUUGGUUACUGAGUUUGGAAGCAUGGGUUUUGAGUGAAUUUCUGUCUACAAAAGCAAAAGAAGAAAAGGAGUGAGCUUUUCGGAGUGUGGAAAAUGGGGUUUUGCAGUUGAAGGAUUUAAGGUUUGCAGAAGACUAAAAUGGAGGUUGAUAAAAAACGUUCAAAAGGAGGAUUUCUAAACUUGUUUGAUUGGAAUGGCAAAUCUCGGAAGAAGCUUUUCUCGAGCAAUUCUGAGUCAUCUGGAUUAAAGCAAGGAAAAGAAAAUGUGGAGAGUUUCUCGAAGUCGGGGCUCUAUAGGGUAGAGGGCGAUGAGAGUGGAACAACUUCAAGUAAUAAAGCAAGUAGUGAUUGGCACUGUGCUUCAUCAGUUACUAGUGAUGAGGGAUGUGGGAAUAGAGCCCCUGGUGUAGUUGCUAGAUUAAUGGGUCUGGAUUCGUUGCCCACUUCAACUGUCCCUGAGCCAUCUUCUAGCCUACUCUUUGACUCCCAGUCGCUCAGAGCACCUGAUCAUGACAGGAGCAAUCGUAAUUUGUGGCGCGAUUUUUAUGCCAUGGAGUACAUAAAUGUGCCAAAGAAGCUGGAUAGAUUUUCUUGGAAUCCUGUAGAAUCUAGAGCACAGGGAGUGCAGAGCCAGCCAAUUGAGAGAUUUCAAACUGAAGUGUUGCCUCCAAAAUCAGCUAAGUCAAUUCCAGUUACUCACCACAAGCUUUUGUCACCUAUCAAGAGUCCUGGCUUCAUCCCAACAAAAAAUGCGGCUUAUAUAAUGGAGGCAACCUCAAAGAUCAUUGAGGCAAGUCCUCGAGCAUCUUCCAAGAGCAAAGGGUCAUCUGUAGGGCCUUCUUCAAUUCCCUUGAGAAUUAGGGAUUUGAAAGAGAAGAUGGAAGCUGUGCAAAAAGCAUCCAGACCUGAAAGACCCAAGGAAGCUGGUGACGUUAAGUAUAUGAAAGGACUGCCUGGUGACAGGAUUCAAAAUGGGUCAGUUAAUGUACACUUACCCAAGGCUUCUGUGAACUCAGAAAGACAAAGUUACAGGGAUGGAAGGAAUAAGGGAAAAUCAGUAUCACUUGCGGUACAAGCAAAGGUCAAUGUUCAAAGAAAGGAUGGGUCGAGUUCUUGUAGUAAUAGGAGUUUCAUGAAUCAGAAGGAACAGAAUGAGAUGAAACAAAAUCAGUUUUCCAAGAGCAGGCCACCAAGUCCACAAAGAGCUGUGCAUAAGAAAACUUCCCCUGACAGCACCAAAAGUGUGCUCAAGCAGAACAACCAGAAGCAGAAUUGUGUAUCUAAUAAAGAUAAAACGACUUCAAAAAAUAUUGUUCCUAAUCCACCUACUAGAAGAAUGCGGUCAACUAAUGGCUCUAGUAGGCCAGGUAAGACUGUAAGUAAGGUUCUUGUAAACUCUGAAACUGGAUCUGGAAAGAUGGGCUCAAUGGGAAAUUUUACUGGAAAGGAGUUUUCUUUAUCCACAAUGAAGAAAGUCUCUGGAAAGUUAAGGUCUGUUGGCCAGGAUGUUCACCUAGAAGAAGCCGUUUCUGAUAAUGCAUUUAUCAGUGAAGAUGAAAGGUCAGUAAAAUGUAAUGUUUCAAUGGAUGGGUGCACCAGUUUGGGCGCAGAUAAUAGGAAACAAGCCAUGGAUGUUGUUUCGUUUACAUUCACGUCUCCCCUGAAAAGAUCCAUCUCUGAAUUGCAGUGCUCUGGUCAAGUCAUGAGUAGAAACAACAGCUUUUAUAUUGAUUCUUUUGGUAACAAUGAUCAGCAGCGCUACCCAGAGAAUUUCACAUUAUCUUCACCUGGGUUCAACGUGAUUGGUGGUGAUGCUCUGAGUGUCCUUUUGGAACAAAAGCUUCAAGAGUUGUCAUGUAAAGUCGAGUUGUCUCAGCAUAACCCAGCCAAUGAAGAGACUACUGCAGCUGCUAGUUCUUCAUCUGGCUUGCAAGAUAUGGCUUCUGGUGUGGCCAGUACCGCAUCAAGAGGCAAGAAGUUCGAACUCGGUUUGCGCAGAGAUGAAUUUGACAGCAUAAACCACUAUGGUUGCUUGUUGUCAGUUGAUGUGAACCAGCAGUGGAAGGGAUCAGAAGGGAUGGAAGAGUGUAGCAGUAGCAGCAUAACCAGUGCAAAUGGAAAAGAAUUUGAUUAUCAGAAUCAUAGUCCACUUUCAGCCCCCUCGUUUGAGAGUCGAAGCUGCACAGAUAACAGAAAUAGUGCCAAUGGCAGGGACAGUGAGAGAUGUUCAUUGGCUCAAGCUCAAGAUCAAAUGGAUUUAUUCUCUUCAUAUGAAACCCUACCAGCAUAUAGUGUUUCAGAGUUGUUUGACUCAGCCUCUUCUGCUUCCACAGGGGAUGUGAGUGGAAAUAUGACUAGAAUUUCGGGUUCCCAUUAUCUUAAUCGAACAAACAAUUGGGAACUGGAAUAUGUGAGAUACAUCCUUAGCAAUGUAGAUUUAGAGAUGGAAGAUUUUGCGCUGGGUGAUGCUCAGACUGUCAUUACCCCAAGUCUUUUUGAUCAUUUGGGGGAUCAAGAAGAGUAUCCGAAGCUCCAGCGGAAGAUUGUAUUUGACUGUGUAAAUGAAAGCCUGCAGUUCAGAUGCAAGCAAUUUUUUGUCGGAAGCCACAAAGCAUGGGAUAAAUGGGCAGCAUUGUCUCAGAGGAAUGGAUGGUUAGCUGAGGAAUUGUUCAAAGAUAUUCUGGGUUGGAAAAAUAUGGCAGAAUUGAAUGUGGAUGAGCUUGUGGACAAGGACAUGAGCACCCAGCAUGGGAGAUGGCUUGACUUCGACAUUGAAACAUUUGAGGAGGGUCUAGAGAUUGAGAAGGAGAUACUAAAUUCUUUGGUUGAUGAGUUGGUGUCUGAUUUUUAGCACUUUUAGUCCCUCUUAAGUUGGCCCUUGUAUUUAUAAUCCACUGCCAUGUAUUAUAUCCAGUUGAGUUCUUUAUCCGGUGGAACUUGUAUGCUUUUCCUUAUCUAAUUUACCUUCAACAUUUUCAUCUAGCUGAGAAUUUUCUCAGCAUAGAAUCUACUGCCAGUAAGACAAUUUUUCACUUCUA